GGCGGGCGCCACCGGUCGGCAUGGAGGAGCGCGGCGAUGCCGAGCCGACCCCGGGUUGCAGCGGUCUGGGCCCGGGCGGCCCUCGCAGCGGCGGCGGCGCCCACUCCUGGGCCCCCGAGGACGCCUGGAUAGGCACCCACCCAAAGUAUUUAGAAAUGAUGGAAUUAGACGUAGGAGAUGCCACCCAAGUUUAUAUAGCAUUCUUGGUUUACCUGGACCUCAUGGAGAGUAAAAGCUGGCAUGAAGUAAACUGUGUGGGAUUACCAGAUCUCCAGCUCAUCUGCCUUGUUGGUACCGAGAUAGAAGGAGAAGGGUUACAGACUGUGGUGCCUACACCCAUCAGUGCUUCCCUCAGCCAUAACAGGAUAAGGGAGAUAUUGAAGGCGUCUCGAAAAUUGCAAGGUGAUCCAGACUUGCCGAUGUCUUUUACUUUGGCCAUAGUGGAGUCCGAUUCCACAAUAGUCUAUUAUAAACUCACUGAUGGAUUUAUGCUGCCAGACCCUCAGAAUAUUUCCCUUAGAAGAUGACACCUCUACCUCCCGACGCUUACUUUAUUCAUACAAGACUGGAUUUGAGACCCAUCAACCUGCUUAAUCUUUUAUCUCAGAGGUAGUCAGGGUUGACGUAGCUGGUCCCAUUCCAUACGUUUUUUUCUAAAGAAUAUAACUUUCUUUAGAAGAAUUUUGUUGUUGUUCAAAAAUAUAGCGUAGUUGCUGUAGAACUUUCUUACCUGGAAACCGUUCAAUUACAGUUGUAUACAGGUUUAUGCCUAGGAUGUGUUAAGGGGAGUGACACAUUUCUUCAUCCUGCACUUACAGCUGCCUCACUGUUCGUUGCUUCCAAUGCCAGCACAUAGUUGAGGCUGUCACCUCUGUCCCUUAGUCAGCCCUCUCAGUGCCUUUGGCUACGGCAGCCAGUCUGGAGUGGCCUUUCGUAUACACCUGGUCACCUGGAGAGUUUAGUUCGUCUGCUUUUUCAUCCCCAAUAGAAAGAGAGAAAAAAAUUCUUUCAGUUGUUUUUAGUGUUGCAAUUACCGUUACUUCCCUCUUGGUUAACUUUAAAUAGAAACUGAAACAAUGCUCUUCUAGGGUGUAAGCUCACAUGUCUAGAUGUAUAGGGACCAGAGAAAUGCUACCUGUCGGAGUACUGAGGCUUCCUUUCCUUCUUAUUCCCUCCACCCUUACUAUGUCACAGUAGACCAUCACCAGAGAAACACUGGGGGACAGUGUCAGCCUUAAAAACAGCUUUAUGAAUUAGACCCAGUUAUUCCACUUUUGUCAUAAUCUAUUCCAGUUAAGGUGCCUAAAGUGUAAAUUAUUAUAAGCAUGAGGGUGUUAUAAGUGACAUCACGUGUAAUAGCCCAAAUUAUAAACCUCUUAAAAGUUUAGGGCAGGGGUCAAUAAACUUUUCCUAUAAAGUGCCAUUUUAGGCUCUGUCGACCAUAUAGUCCCUGUCACAGCUUUCAACUCUGCAAUUUGUAGCAUAAAAAUAACGAUAGACAAUAGGUAAACAAAUGGGCAAAGCUGUGUUCCAGUAAAACUUUAUUUCCAAACACAGACCCAGAGUUCACCAACCCCUGGUUUAGGGAAAUAGUGAACAAACAGAUACGAAUCGUACAUUAUUGUAUUCUUUAAAAUUAGUAAUGAAUAUAAUAAACAUGAGAAAAUAUUAAGUAAACAUGGUACAAAAGUGUAUAAAUGGGUAUGAUCAUGGCUGUAAAUAGCACACCAAACAUGACAAAUUACUAUUUGUCAUUUGAUUAUAAUAGGAUGGCAGCGCAGCAAAAGGAUGACUUGGUCUUUCUUCAGUAUUUCAGUUUUUCUUUAUUUGUAUUUUAUAAUAAAAAUGUUUUUUAAAAGUACCUUGAAAUCUGUAUGAGUUAUCUAUCAUUGCAUAAUAAUAUUACCACAAACUUAGCAAUUUAAAAGAGCACUCAUUUGACAUCUCUAAGUUGAGUCCUUUAUAAGGCUGCAGUCAGGGUACUGGCCAGGGCUGCAGUCUCAUCGGAGUCUCGACCGGGAAAUGGUCUUCUUCCUCACUCAUGUGGUUAUUGGCAGCUUUGCAUUCUCUGUUGGCUUUGGACUGAGGGCCUCAGUUCCUAGUGGACUAUUGCCAAGAGGCCACUUUCAAGUCUUUGCCACUUGGGCUUUGCCAGGUCAACUGGUUGCUUCCUCAAAGCCAGCAAGGAGAGUCUCAGCAAGAUGGACCUCAUAAUCUUAUGUAAUGUACUCUUGACCAUCCUUUGCCGUAUUCUGUCGGUUAGAAGCUAAUCACUCUAGAAAACGACAACAAGAAUGGGAAAAUGGCAAAAAGUAGGAACACUACAAAAUGGUAUAAGAGUAUCAUUCUUGGUCUGUAGUAGUGAUAUUUGAAUGUUACUUUUGAUAAUAUUUGAAUUUUCUAUUUUUGAUGGAAGUUCUUGGAACUCUUUCAGAUUUCCUCUGCUCCCCCCCGAAAGCCUGAAGACGUACCAGUUCAGAACAGUAUGUGCUUGUGUAACUCCAGUUGGCAGUUUGCAGAUCUAAGGAUCCUAAAACAGUUUAUGAUGAAUUUUCAGGGUUUCUGCCAUUUGAUUCCUUUUGAGGCUUCUCUUCACAGUGCUAGAAAAAUGGUGCAUUUUCAGAAAGAAAUGUAAGCUUAAUGAAUGUUAGAUUUGUGUGUUAGAUCUGGUGACCGGUGGUUCUCUGGUCACUAUAAGACCAGAUGUGUCCUUUGAGGUUGACUGUGAAAGCUUCCUCACAGACAUCAUUAAAACUGUACGUCCCAGAAUGUUUACGCUUUCAGACUGUUGUUCCCUGUGUAAUUGACCACAGAGUUCUAUCCAAAGAUGGCCAGACACCUGCUAAUGUGGAUAAUGGUCCAGAACAGUUCGGAAAGGGAGACAAUCUAGCUGUGUCUGUCUCAUUUUAGUGAAAAACUAGGUAAAGUGAUUUUUUUGUGUUUGUGGUCAAGUAACUUUGUAAUUGCAUUUACAUUCGUGUCUUCUCUUAUACGUCUGUGUAUCCCAUCACCUUCCACAGUAACUGGCAUGUAAACUAGGCUCUUAAUAAAUAUUUGGUGGGUGGAUGAGGG